GCGUUUGGCGCGCUGGUGGUCCGGUGGCUGACGCGCAAGUGGAUUUUGGAGGAUUUGCCCGCGACGAGAGACCAAUUCGGCACGGAAUUCGUGUCGUGGUUUUUGUGUACCAUCAGCUUGAUCGUUGUGGUUGUGCCCGAGAGCUUGCCGUUGAUCGUCACCUUGGUUCUAAUGCGGCAGAUACAGCUGGACAGCGAGAACGGGUCGCUGUUAGGGUCAAUGAGCUGCAGGAACGCCGGGGUAAUGAACGUUGCGGGUGGAGAGCAGCAGUCGUCGAGCGGGAGUGCAGCUGGUGGUGGGGAAAGCGAAGAGAGCAAGAAGAAGGCGGAGUCUAGUGCAAAUAAUACGUCCACCGGCGCUUUGAGCAAAGCUGUCUCUACUACUGCUUCCACCUACCCGAGCUCCACACUGCUUAUCAAGCACCUGGAUUCCCUCGAGCGCAUGGGAUCCGUCACGUCCAUUUGCACCCAGAAAACCGGGUUUCUCACCAUCGAAGAGGAAACGAGGAUUACGGGGUGCUACUGCGCGAACAACGCCUUCCUGGAGCAGAACAACAAAGCGCUGGGGUUCAUCACCGUUCUGAAACGGGAAAUCUCCGGCACCAUGCUCUGCGACCUGCUUUGCCGCGGGAUCUGCAUGAACAAAGGGGACCGAGCGGAGAUAGAGGAGAUACCACGGUCACCCUCCUCCUCUGUUUCCCCAACCGGGAAACCCAAACCCCUCUCCAACUGGAAGCACCUCGGCCCCGACCACACCGACUGCGCGUUGCUGUCGUUUGCUUUUGAACUGGGCUACGACUACCGGAAAUUCACUUCCAACGGCCCGCAGCAGCAGCAAAACGAAAAGAAGAAGAACCGUCCUGGUGUGGUGUCGAAAAAGAAAAAAACCACCCGGAAUUCCUUCACCGUUCGACCUUUCACCAGUGAGAAGAAGCGCGCGACAGUGGUGGUAAGGGAUUUGAACAUGGGCGGGCACACGGUUUUUGUGAAGGGGUCCGUGGAAAAAAUUCUGCCCUAUUGCACGAAGAAACUGAAUCUGGAUGGGUCCGAAUCGUCAUUCCCAGCGACGGAAGAAGAAGACAAGUUGAUCCGGAGCGGCAUCUUCGGGCACAAUUUACUGGAUCGAAACUCCGAAAACAACAGCGUGCCCUUUCUGGUCGCGCUGGCUUGCAGAAGGUAUAGUGCGGAAGAUCAUAUGGCCGCCGCUGAUGCGAACAACAAUUAUGGGCAGCAGUCGCAAUCCGGGUCAAGUUCUAACUCGAAGGCAAACAGCGCUGUCUCUGGUGAAAAUAACAACGAUGAGAAUGAAGACAGCUUUGAAUGGACGCUGAAACCCGCGGUGAGCAGCAAGAACACAGUUUAUUCGAGGCGGAAUUUUUACAACAACGAAACGCGAGUAUACCAAGAGCAGCAACUCGACGACGAUGACCUUGACGAGCGUCACGGUGGUGUCGUUUUCUCGGAGGCGAAUAACGGGAUAGAUUUUUUCCCACCAAUAAAUUCGGACGAUGAAGAGAUUCUCACAGAGAAUUCCACCAUCAACGAUUUGUACGACAUCGAGACGAAUCUGACCCUGAUCGCGGUUUUGGCAGUUUCCACGCCACUGCGACCCUCGGCGAGACCCGCGGUGGAGAAGUGCAGCAAAGCGGGCGUCGACGUCCGCUUGAUAACCGGUCUCUCCAUGGAGUCCGCGAUCAUUUGCGCGCGGAACAGUGGGAUUUUGAGAAGGGGGAUUGACUACAACCCGUGGGACCCAAAUAUUGUCUCCGAUCGCGCGGUGUUAACCGCGGAAGAGUUUCGGAAACGAGUACUGGUUUCCACGGGCGGUGGGGGAACAGCAAACCAAGAACAGCACAAUGCCGGCGAGGUUCUUAUGGCACUCUCAACUGUUACAUUCUCAGCUGUUACAUGAAUUUGUGAUGCAAGAGCGGCAAAAUUGAAAGGGGGAAGAUUGCGCCUUUUGCAUUACAAAUUCCGCACAGAUUUAGGUGCUGUCUAGCCCUGCUUCGUAGAUUUGUCAUGCGAAGCAGCUUGACCACCUGGCGCCUUGAGGUAAUUUUGCAUGACAAAUCAUGUAACAGUUGAGAAUGUAACGUUUGGGAGCGCCAUAGUUCUAGAGGAAACCGAGAAGGUUCUCAACCGCACCGAAUUCGACCAGGUGUGGCCGUAUUUGCGGGUCUUGUGCCAGGCGACUUCUUUGGACAAGUACUUGCUAGUGACCGGGAUAAAAGACUCGACGUUGUAUCAGGACGAGCAGGCGGUUUUGUCCCUCGGGAUUUUCCCGGACAGGCAGGUGGUUGCGGUGACGGGAGAGAGCGUGACCGACGCGGAAAUUCUAGAACAGUCCGACAUCGGGUUCGUCAUGGCAGAUUCGAACAACUUAUCCACAGCUGUGGCGAAGGAGUCCGCGGACAUUUUGAUCACCACGUCGGAACGAAAUCUGGUCCCUGCUGUCACAACUGGUCUGGCGAGACCUGACGGAUCUUUAAUAAGAGGAGAGCCGAACAAGACUUCGAACAGUAACAACAAGACAACCAAGCAGCCUGACGGCGGUUUUUCCAGUUUGAUGCAAGCGACGAAGCUUGGGCGGAACGUUUACGAGUGCGUCUACAAAUUUCUCCAAUUCCAUCUUACCACCACUCUAACCGCCUGCAUCGUUUUCCUCGGCGGGGCGGUUACGUCCGGGGGAAGCCCGUUAACCGCGAUGCAGCUCCUUUGGAUCGCGGUUCUGAUAGAUGUGCUAGGAGCGGUGGCUUUGGCGUCGGAGCCGGCGACGGAGGAUUUGCUAGAACGGCCGAGCCUGUUUCUCAUCAACACCAGCUCCAUCAAUUCCACUACCAGUAACUUGACCAACGACUCGCAGCUUUUUUCCGCGCAAAUGCUCUACCACAUCAUUUCCCAAACUCUCUACCAACUCGCAGUUCUCGCCACCAUUCUGUUCGGCGCGGGCGACUCCGGACGCGGCGAAACCUGCGACAUGCGGCACCCCUAUUUCCCGGCGCGGAACUGCGACGGGUGCGGCGGCUGGUUGGACCUGCCGAGUGGGUUUGACCGGGAGCCCUACGUCGAUUUUCCGACCCAGCACUACACGCUUCUGUUCAACACGUUUGUGUUUUUGCAGGUCUUUAAUUUGAUCAACUGUAGGAAGAUUUACAACGAUUGGAACGUGUUUGCGGCGAUCACGAAGAAUCAAACGCUGAUGCUCAUCGUUUCCAUCAUCGUCAUUGUCCAAAUCUUCAUCGUCGAAUCUGGAGCCCUUUUCAACGUGCUGCUGAAUAACGACUUGACCACGGAGCAGGAGAGAACGAACCACCUGAUCUGCAAGUCCGUGAACCACGCGUUUCGCACGGUGCACCUUCCGCUCUGGCAGUGGGGCGUGUCUCUCUCCCUCGCAGCUGGGUGCAUUGUGUGGCGGAUUUUUUUGGUGGCGCUCGCAAAGUCGAACUUUUUUACUUUGUUCUGGAAAGAGGACAUUUUUGUCAGCGGUUUUGGAACGAUAAGCGGCAUCCGCAGGUGGAAGAAGGGCGGAUCCUCUACUGCGAGUGGAGGAGCCAAUAAGGAUGGGAGUGGGGGUGGAAAUAACAGUGGGAACAACACGGACGGCGUCAGUCAAACCGGUACUGUGGGGAACAGUGAGAGGAACGGCGGCGCGGGGAAGCAGGGGUCAAAACGCUUGGCGGAACGCAUGAAUCUGAACUUGGAAAAUUACUUCUCGUUGUCUGGAAAGGGGCGGGAAAGAGAAAGAGCGGCGAUACGGCACUUUUUGCUGACCUCCUCGUCGAAUGGCGGAUCCGCUGCGGGGGGCGCUGGCGAGUGAAAAUCGUUUAUUGUGAUCAUCACUCACAGAUACGCUUACGCAUACGGAUUUAUUUCACAUCGCAACUACUGUGCGAGUGCCGGAAAUAAACGAGUUUGAAUUGCUAUUGCGCCAUUUUUGUGUUGGCAGACAAAAAUAAACGCAUUUCCAUUUCCCUACAGUUUCAUGGAAGGAGGUUUCAAGUUUCUGCAGCCCGCUCCACGAGGACCGCAUGGAGUGCGAUAUUGUUGGAGCAGCUGUUGGGCUUGAGUGAGUCGCGAAAGGAACUACACGCGAGGCUGCUGUAGAUAAAGCUCCUCUCAUGAUAUCAU